AUGGUAUUUUCUAGAUCCAGAUCUCUCUUCCUCGUAGCCUCCCUCUUGGCCGCAUCCGGACAUGCUCUGGACCAGCCGAGUGUAAAGCUUGACGAUGCCGUGUUCACUGGGACGAUCAGUGGGAACGUCAGCAAGUUUCUCGGUAUUCAUUAUGCGAAACCGCCAGUGAACGACCUCCGCCUUCGAGCUCCGGUUCCGAGCGACCCAUACAGCGGAAAAUCUACCGUGAACACCUUUGGAGCAGCAUGCCCCCAGCAGGCGAUCCAAUUCCCGCUUCCCGCGGGGUUCGAGAGCACCGUUGCGAACUUCUUGAUCAACGGCAUAUACCAAGGAGACAAUCCUUCCAGCGAGGACUGUCUCACGGUGAAUGUAGUCGUCCCAUAUGGUACACCACCCGAUGCGAAGCUUCCCGUUGCGGUGUGGAUCUUUGGCGGUGGCUUUAUGGAUGGUAGUCCAAACUCUUACGAUGGCGGCGUAAUCGUUCAGCGAUCCAUCGACCUUGGUGAACCAGUGGUCUAUGUGAGCCUCAAUUAUCGUUUGUCAGCUUUCGGAUUUUUGUCCAGCAAGGAAGUCCAAGAUGCGGGAGUCGCCAACUUAGGUCUACAAGAUCAACGCCAGGCGCUGCGUUGGGUGCAGAAGUACAUCUCCGCGUUUGGCGGAGAUCCCUCGCGCGUGGUGAUAUGGGGCCAGAGCGCGGGAUCGAUGUCCACCGCGACGCAAAUGCUUCUGAACGGAGGUGACACCGAGGGCCUCUUCCACGGCGCCUUCAUGCAGUCCGGCUCGCCGCUCCCUGUUGCGAACGUCACGCGCGGCCAGGUGCACUACGACGCCAUCGUGGCGCAGACGAAUUGCACCGGCUCUGCAGACACGCUCGCGUGUCUUCGUGGUGUGCCGUACGCUACGUUCAAGGCCGCCGCGGACGCAGCCCCUGGCCUGCUCUCGUCGGAUGGGGUGAUCCCGACCUUUCUCCCGCGUCCGGAUGGGCAAUUUCUGGUCGAUGUGCCCCAGAAGUUGGUCGUGUCUGGGCAGGUCGCCAACAUCCCGAUCGUCAGCGGCGACUGCGACGACGAGGGAACGGUGUUCGCACUUAUGGCUGUGGGCAAUAUCACGACGGACGACGAGCUGCGCGCAUACCUUGGUGCACGCUUCCUCCUUCCUAACAUAUCGUCUGCGGACCUCGACCAGCUCCUUGCGCUCUACCCGGUCGACCCCUCCGCAGGCUCUCCCUUCGACACUGGAUCCGCGAACGCGAUUUCACCGCAGUACAAGCGUGUCGCUGCGCUGAACGGUGAUAUCGUCUUCCAGUCUCCGCGGCGUUUCUUCUUGAGCCAGCGCGCGGACAAGCAGCCUGUGUGGUCCUUCCUCAGCAAGCGCCAGAAGACGACUCCCAUCAUCGGAGCGGAGCACGGCAGCGACUUGAGCGGCAACAUGUACGCACCCGGCGACAUGACAGACUUCCUCAUCCACUUCGUCAAUCAUCUCGAUCCCAAUGGCGCGAAUGGGUCGGUGACUCCCGCGUGGCCGCGAUACACGCCGGAGUCCCCGCAACUGAUGACGUUUGUGGACGGAGCGACGCCGCUGGUCAUCUCAGAGGACACGUUCAGGGCGGACGCAAUUGCGCUUGUGCAGGAGCUGUCUCUCAAGUACCUGUUGUGA